AUGAAGGUCCCCCAACAUAUUGGCGUAAUGGGCGAUACACAACAACACGAGAAGUUGUAUGCGAAAGAGAAAAUCGUCGGAUCGAUGAAUGUCCCUGAACGCCUGAUGGUUGAUGGAAACAAUAGCGUCCGGGGCACUUCAGCCCCGCCGCGGGAAGUCAUUAUGGACAAACUGCCGGAUGUAGUCAAGAGAUCUUCCAUGCAAUUUGAGCUCCCUGAACAACUUACACUCCGGAUCAGCCCCUUCCCUGAUGUAAUCGAACCGAAAACCGAAGACCCAAACACAGCAGCUUCCAAUGCUAUCGACGAUAAUCCGCUAAAAGAGCUAAAAUUGAUGCGCAGACAAUUGACUAGGUUGUCGACAAGAAUGUAUGAGUUAGAAGAAGAGGGUGAAAAGCGCAGAACCCGUGAAACCUUGCACUGGCUUUUCUCCAUUACCGGUGUCGUUGCUCUGUUAUUAUUAAAUUGUAUGCGCUUGUACAGCUUGUAUAGUAUUGCGCUAAGAAAAUGCUCACAGGCGGCUGGCCCUUCACAAGGUGCUUUGAAGAUUGGAAAUGUUCGGGUGAACGUUAAAAGCCCAAAACGCGCUGAAUUGGUGCCUAUAGGAUUUGCUUCGAAAAAUGCUUCCCCAGAUAUACUGCGCCAUUUGAAAUGGUUGCUUCAAAAGGAUAUUUUACGUCAAGAUGUAUUUUUGCUUGGUGCCCCCGGCCUUAUGCGUUCACAUUUGGUUCUUCAGUAUCUCGAGCUGAUCAACCGCGAGUAUGAAUAUCUUUCGGUUACGCGCGAUACCACCGAGGCUGAUAUCAAACAGCGUCGAGAAAUCCUGUCAGGCACUGCAUUCUAUACAGAUUUGUGCGCAGUCAGAGCAGCAUUAGAAGGUCGUGUACUUGUUAUCGAUGGCGUCGAACGAGCAGAGCGUAAUGUGCUGCCGAUCCUGAAUAAUUUGCUUGAAAACCGCGAGAUGCAGCUGGACGAUGGACGUUUUCUGAUGAAGCACGAUGCUUUUGAUAAAUUAUUGGAGAAAUAUUCACCCGAAGAACUGAAAAAAAUGGGUGUGGAGCGGGUCUCGGAAGAAUUCCAUGUUGUGGCCUUAGGGCUGCCGGUUCCUCGUUUUCCGGGCCAUACAUUGGAUCCCCCGCUUCGUUCGCGUUUCCAAUGUCGCAAUGUACCCGAUGUGAAUUUUCCGACAAUUUCCGCAUUGUUCAAAGGGAUCGCGGCUUCCGUUGACGCCGAUCGGGCGGACAGCCUUAUUUCACUGGCGUAUGGCCUCAAUGCACAGGAUCAACUUUCGCUACCGCAUUUUCCGAUCGACAACCUUCUCCGGGCGGCUGGAAUUUGGCAACGGAAUCCUCACUUCACGUCCGACGAGAUUUUCCACAUGUUGUAUCCGGUGAAGACGAUCAUGAAAGAAAAUGAGCAGAAUGUGGUAGCUGAUUUCACAAAGAAGUUUGACGUGGCUAAUGAGAAUGCACGGUCUCACAUUGAAUUCGAGAAGGUAGAGCUUGCGCCCGCAGAAGCGGACGUCGCGAUCGCAUAUGGUGGAAAGAUGGUUACGUUCAAGGCGCCACGCGGCCAUGCUGAAGCCUUUCGGGAGACAAAUUACGUUACCACGAGCUUGCAAGAAAAGAUGGUUUCCGAACUGGCCGUGUCGCACUCCGUCGGGGAUUUCGGGCUCCUUGGCCCCAAGGGCAGCGGGAAGACUGUCGUUAUUGAGGAAUUCGCCAAGCGUUUUGGAUAUAAUACGGACACGAUGGUCCUCCAUCAGGACCUGAACAGUCGCGAGUUACUUCAAAGAAGGCGGAUGUUGGAAAAUGGUGAUACGAUUUGGGAAGACAGCCAGCUCGUUCUUGCUGCCAAAUCCGGAUCUCUCUGUGUUUUGGAUGGAAUCGAGCGGGUCCAUGCAAGCGCUUUGGCCGUUCUUGCCCCGUUGGUCUAUUUCAAACACCUCGAUCUACCUGAUGGAUCUCGCAUGGUUUCCAAAUAUGAGUUUGAAGCGUUGAUGGAAAAGACCAAAUUAUCCGAAGAAGAAAUAAAGGCGAGAAAGAUCCACCCAAUUCAUCCUUCAUUCCGGCUGGCCCUAAUUGGCGAUAGCGAUCCUGGAGAACAACCCUGGUUGACGGGCGCUACCAUGGCUUUGGUCCCAUGGCAUACUUUACACGCUCUCCCAGCUGAACAGCAAAUUGCCUUGAUCACGCAACUUGUCCCGAAUGCCCACGUCGGUACAGUGCAACGCGUUGUUGAACUUGUCGAGACGCUGCGGGAAAGCCAUGACGCUGGGCUACGUGGUGUCGCUCUUUCACUAUCGCUCCGGAAAUUGAUCCAUAUCAUCAAACGUGAUGCGCUGUACGGAGGUGAACUUCGCAGUCUCAUAGAAGGCGCUGCCUUGUCUCGAUUCCUACCCUCGAUUACCAAGACGGCUUUCACGACGGCAUUGGACAAGGCCGGAAUUCGUGACACUGCUCGCAGUCAAACCGAUUACCGAAAGGACAUCGAUUCGCUAAAGCGGACCGUUCAACCUGGAGAAGAAACACUGAUCCCGUCAACAUUGUUUUACGAAAAUCCACAGCAUACGGAGGUUCUGAGGAAUCUUGCUCGGGACUUUAGUCUCGGCUCGCACCUUCUUUUGAUCGGCAAUCAGGGUGUUGGCAAAAACAAGCUGGCUGAUCGCUUUUUACAAUUAAUUGGCAGGCCACGACAUUAUAUGCAGCUUCAUAGGGAUACCACUGUCGAAUCACUUACGCUUCAAACGACAAUAGAAGGCGGGAAGUUGGUGCACGAAGACUCAGCGCUGGUGAAGGCAGUCCGAAAUGGGCACGUGCUUGUCGUUGAUGAAGCGGACAAGGCACCUCUGCAUGUGAUCGCCAUUUUGAAGAGCUUGUUAGAUUCGGGGACGCUCGUGCUUGGUGAUGGGCGUCGUAUCCAACCUGCGCAUUUCCCCGAGGGUGACAAGACGAUUCCUCUGCAUCCAGAGUUUAAAAUGAUUAUGCUUGCAAACAGGCCUGGAUUCCCAUUUCUCGGCAAUGACCUGUUCGGUGUCCUCGGCGAUCUGUUUUCCGUGCACUCCGUCGACAAUCCAAGUCGGGACAGUGAGCUCCAGAUGCUGCGACUCUAUGGCCCCGAGGUCCCAGAAGAUCACCUCUUGAAGCUUGUUGCCGCUUUCUCCGAGCUUCGCGAUAUGGCGGAUAGUGGCAUCCUACAGUACCCCUACAGCACCCGCGAGCUUGUGAACAUUGUCAAACACGCGAAUGCGUUCCCGAGCGAUUCGCUUCAAUCGAUCGUCGGCAAUGUAUUCGAUUUCGACAAAUAUAAUGAAGAAGCCGUUAAAUCCAUUGAAGGCGUCUUCCAGAAGCAUGGAAUACCAUUAGGGGUCGACAACAUAAAGGAUCGCAUUUUCCUGUCGCAACGACACAAUAUUCCACCGAUGAAGACGAUCGGUAGUUGGGGUGUGACGGACAAUGUAGCGCCGGCUGUGUUGGAAACCUAUAAAGAAGAUCACAAAGUUCAAAACCGUCGUCUCGUGAAAAAUUUGAAAUCUUUGCGCCUCGAGAAAGAGCACAUGAGGGCUGGACAGUUUUCCGAACAAGAAUGCAUGUGGCAAAUUCCGAUGCUCGAUGUCAACCUUUGCUCAGACGCUUUGAUGAUGGAUGACACGUUGAUUGUGGCGGCCGUGAAUCCCCUCAGCCUCUACAUUGUUGAUAAUCUAAACGCGGAUCAGAACGUCUUCGAACUGGACCUGGUCGACUACUUGAAGGCAGGAGUGAAACGGGACAAAUUUGAGCCCAGGAUACGUCUCUGCCGUUUCGGGGAUAGUGUUUUGAUACAUGAAGAAACGAAAAACAAGCUGCUCGUCCUCGAUCUCUCCGACAAAUCGAUUUCUGAAAUGCCCAUGAAACCUGGCCUCCUACAAAGCCUUGGGAACGUGUUUUCCGGAAAGGACAACUACUGGCGGAUGAUCAAAGGAAAUAAACCUCUGAUUUUUGAAAAGAACGGUACUCAAGCAACGAUCUUGUCGCUGAAGGAUACGAUCCAUUUCAACCUGCCUCACGCCGUUGCCGAUAUCGUUCACGCAGCAGAUGAUCGCUGGCUAAUCCAUUGGACGAACGGGGCACCAUCGUCGCUCUUGUGCAUGGAAAAUGGAGAAGUCUUGAUUCGCCCGCUAUCCGCGGCUCUCCCUGAAGGCUUGCAAAUUCGUUACGUGGCACCCAUUCCAAAAGAAGAGAAUUUGAUGCUUGCCGCAGAUGGUUUUUAUUGUCUGAAGAGCGACGGUUUCCCGAAAACAUUGGCCGCUUCAUCUGUAUUUGGGUCGGCUCGUAGCGCCAAAAGCGAAGAUGAGAUGAUGAUCGAUGGGAGACGCCCCUAUUUUGUGAAAGAAGCGAUGGGUUUUCUCGACAAUGGGCGGAAUUGUGCCGUUUUGGAAGGUGGUGUCUUCGUCAACACGCGAGCCAAAUGGGAAACACCGGAAUAUGCACUAGGUCGAGAAAUUUCCCCUGGUGCUGUCGGUGGAUUCUUGGAAGCCGUCGAUCCGAAGAUGGGCUUUGUACAAUACGUUCCGGUCCCCAUUCCAAAACAUCACACUUUCCACCAAAAGUGGCAACAUUCCAUUUCCAAGACGCCGUUCCUCGUUACCCCCUGGACCGAUUCGAAGUUGUUGACUAUUGAUACGAACGGCGGAAUUCGAUCUUAUGAAAUUUCUGCGACAACAAUUGGCCGGUCCUAUGCAGAAUGGCAGAAAAUGCUUGGAGAUGAUGAUGCCAAUAUGCGUAUGGAAUUUGAGCGGUCCAUGGAAGAUUUUGAUCUUUCGAAAUUGGAUGACCCGAAGAUGGGGAAGUUUGAUCCGGAUAAUGCUCCACACAUGGGUGGAAAUCAAUGGAUGGGUGGCACUGGAGGCUACAAUACUGCUGGACUUGGCGGCGUCGGCGGCCCAUUUAGGAUGGACGCGGGUCAUGAUGUUCACCAGAUGCCGGAGAUGGCCAAACAACAAGUCCCGGAACACAUCUUGCGAAAGGCUCGAGAAAUUUCAAAGGCAGAGUAUGCGAAGAAGUUGAAAGAAAUUCAGAUGAGUGAGUACGAUGACGACGCCUACCAAAAGCUAUGGGGUCGUGUUCAGCGAGAGAGUGCUCACCUUCGAUCGAUUAUUGAACAACUGGAGGCCAAAAAGAAAGAGCGCCUCUGGGCGCGACACCAAACCACCGGGGAUUUGGAUGAUGGAAAACUGAUUGAAGGGAUGACUGGCGAGAAGAAUAUUUACAGGCGUAGAGUGGAGAAAUUGCCGGAGCCGGGCACGCCUCAAGUGAACCCGAAGCGUCUUCGUCUUCACUUCGAUGUCAGUGGAUCAAUGUAUCGCUUCAACGGCUACGAUAGUCGAUUACAAAAGAGCCUUGAAGCCGCACUAAUGGUGAUGACGGCGCUGGAGGGCAAAGAGCAAAAAGUGAAGUAUGACAUCUACGGCCAUUCCGGAGACGGACCAGCACAAGUAUUCGUCCAGGACAAAUUUCCGAAAAACAACAAAGAACGUUUGGACCUGUUGAAACAGAUGCUCGCCCACACCCAGUUUUGCGUCUCUGGCGACUACACGGUGGAAGCAUUGGAUUAUUCGAUCAGACAGUUGGCCAAGGAGGAGGACGUUGAUGAGCGAAUCGUUGUCCUCGUCUCAGACGCAAAUCUUGACAGAUACGGCAUCCGGCCAAAAGACCUCGUGAAUGUGAUGGGCCGUGACUCUUCGGUGAAUAGUUUCGUGAUUCUCAUCGGCUCCCUCGGGGAACAGGCGGCCAGGCUCCAAAAAGCGCUGCCCGCCGGGAAGGCGUUCGUCUGCAAGGAGACGUCGGAACUACCGCAAAUUAUGCAGUCGAUUUUCGCGUCGACAUUGGUU